UGGAAAUCCUGUCAGGUGUAUAAUUCAUAGACAGAAAAUUUAAAACUUUUUAUUGUAGAAGAAUGAUUUUCGGGACCGCCUGGCCUUUUACAGCCUGGAGGAAAGGGAAUGUGUCCCCCGCUAGAUAUGAAGGAAGUUCAAAGAAUUUUUUCUGCUGCACAAAGAUCUGGUUUGUUGAGUUACUGCUUUGUAUAAGCACAAUCGGCUAUGUUUUAGUUAUUGCUCUGGCCGCCUCUAUGAUCUACUAUGGAAAGGUUUCUGAUGUUGAUUACAAAGGAUUAAGGAUCAACCCUGGAGCUACUGGAGCUGAACUCAUGAUUGUUGGUGUCUCUGGUACCUUGGUUAACUUGCUAGGAUUAUUCGGAAUCUGGAAAAGACAGCGUCUGUUCCUUGUUCCAGUUCUAGUGUUCCUUAUCAGCAUCAUUGUCCUCGACCUGAUAACCCUCAUCACCACCAUCACCCUCCAGAUAAAGGGGGAUCCCGUCUUUGCCCACUACGAGGAUCUAGAAGUGCUAGACAUUGAUCCGAAAAAUCUAUCGAAACCAGUGAGGUUUCCAACAGAUAGAACCUUCAACUACCUCUUUCCUCUCUUCAUCUUCAAAAUAUUCAUCUCCAUUUUGUUUCUCAGAAUCCUGGUUGAUGUUUACAGGAAGGAUCCAACCUUGAGAACUAGUAGAUCACCUUUAAGAACAGUAGCUGUGGACAAGUCUCAGUUUGAUGAUUCGAGUCCUAAGAUGAAGAAAUAUACAAGAUUUGUGUAAACCUGGAAACCCCGAACUCCUCAUUCCAAAUCUAGUUUUAUUUAAAUUUACUAUUUUAGUUUACAUGUAUUUAUGAUUAUAAUGAGCUAUUUUAUUUCAUGACUUUACCUCAGA